UUCAACUUCCGGUAUAAUUGAACUGAAUUUCGAAUGACGCAUCAUCAGUAUGCUGUAAUAUGCGACAGAAUUUUCGAAAGUAAAUGAACUUUCAAUGGCUUCUUUCAAUACAACAGAUUCAGACGACGCAUUUGACUACCUGUUCAAGAUUGUGUUGAUAGGAGAUGCUGGUGUUGGUAAAACCUGUGUAGUGCAGAGGUUCAAGUCAGGCACGUAUGUCGAGAAACAUGGAAGCACAAUCGGGGUUGAUUUCACGAUGAAAACAAUGCAGAUAGAUGGUAAACUAAUAAAGUUACAAAUCUGGGAUACUGCUGGCCAAGAAAGAUUCCGUACUAUAACACAGAGCUACUACAGGAGUGCUAAUGGUGUAAUUUUAGCAUAUGACAUUACUAAAAAGACCUCAUUUGAAAACGUAUCACGCUGGAUUGAAGAUGUUAAAAGAUAUGCUGGUACAAAUAUAGUGCAAUGUCUAAUAGGGACCAAAAGUGACCUGGAACACCUGAGAGAGGUCAAGACCGGAGAAUCCAGGGCAUAUGCAGAUCAUCACAACAUGGUAGAUGUCAUAGAGACAAGUGCUAAAGAAAAUACAAAUGUUGAAGAAGUAUUUAUGAGGAUGGCAAAGGAAUUAAAGAAAAGAUAUGGAGGUGAUCAAGCAUUUGACUCUAAUGAUGAUUCAGGCAGAGUAAAUUUAAAUACACGGACAAUUGGCACAAACUGGUCAUGUUGUGGCAGCUAGAUAACCCUAGUUACAAGGAAACAAUAUGGUGCCAAAACAGUAAUACGUUACAUAUGUAAUGGAAAAGAUUUCAAGAAAUACAAGGUGGCAACAUUUAUUUUUUAAUCAGAUUGAAUAUUUUAUGAGGUUUGAUCAUCUCAAUACAAAAUUGUUCAUGUAUUAUGUUAAAUAUGAGGUUAGAAUAUUAUUGAUUUUUUUUGUUAGGAUAGCAACACAGGUGAAUGGAUCGUAUUUAAUUUUAUAUCUUUGGUGUAGUAAAUAUGUUUGUUGACUUCAUUUCUUCAUGAUCAUGAUAUCAACAUCUCGGUUUAUUCAUACCUUGAUUGUUAGAACACCUAUCCUUAACUUGUCUGUUGUUUGUAUGUAGACCAGCCAUUUAGUGUGUACUUUUUCAUAAACAUGUUAUCUACAUAGCUAAUUGUUCAUUUUAUUACAGAGAAUGAGUAAUGUUUUCAAAACUUGCUGAAGAAAUGAGUAAUUUUAAUCCACUGACCCUCGGGGGAAAUGAAACUUUCUGAUUUUAAUUGAACCAACUUCCUGAGGAAAUGAAGAAUUUUCUUCUAAAAACCACGCAUGAGAAUGAUAAUUUUUUUUCUUUUUCUUUACAAUUUUGAAUUGUAAAAAAAACUGAGAUGUUAAAUGUUAUUGGGUUAAGGAUCUUGUUUCCAGCUGUAUAUCUUACACGGUAUAUACUACUUGUUGAUGGGUUCAUCAAAUUGAGGUAGUGCUCAUGUACCAAAAGUAGGUUAUUCAGACUUAUAUUUUGACGUUUAACCUACAUCAAAGAAAACAUUCAGCUGUAUAAGACUCCUUCACUACUUGUCACUGGAAUUUUUAACUUUGGGCAUGCAGGUCUCACUUGUGUUGAAUCUGAUAUUUCUGAUAUUGCCUAGCUACUAAAAUGAAUUAUAUGCCUGAAUUCAUUCACAUCAAUACUGCAAAAUGCAAUUUUUGAACAUUAGUUACUGCAUGAAUUCAGCAUCUGUGCAUUCUUGGCAUCAAACUGUCUUGUUUGAUAGUGGUAUAUGUAUUAUAUGAUUAUUUGCACACUAAAUGUGUUAUACACCUUCUAAAUCAAUAAAAAACAUUCUGUGUUCAUGUCAGCACACCAUAGAUGAUUAAAACCAAUUUGGGAUGUUAUCUGUAUAGUUUUAGAUUUCCCGGAAAAGAGGACUUUUUUUCCAGAAAUCCUAAUUAAUACAGUACUACUAGUAUUAUUUGUAAGGUGAUUGACGUGUAUGUAGCUUUAAUGUUAUGAAAUUGAUAAACUUCAGUUUACAGUGUCCCGACACUUUAACACUAGCCCUCCACCUCUGGGUUGCGAGUUCGAAAGCUACGUGGGGCAGUUGUCAGGUACUGACCGUAGGUUGGUGGUUUUUCUCUAGGUACUCUGGCUUUCCUCCACCUCCAAACCUGGCGCGUCCUUAAAUGACCCUGGCUGUUAAUAGGACAUUGAACAAAAUAAAACAAUAAAACAAAUCACAAAACUGAACAUACAAUUAUAUAGUAAGUACUUUCUUUGUAGAUGAAGUUUGUAUGCACAGUUUUGUUGUACAUUAUAAUACACAUUAUUACAUUACAUGUAUAGUGUUCUAAGACCUUGACAUUCCAAAGUUAAUGCUCAGAACUGAACUAUAUAAUAUAUGUUAUAUUUAUUUACACAAAAAGAAAAAAAUGUAUCAUUACUUUAGAUAUAUAUAUUAAAGAUAUGCUCAAAAAUGUAUUAUAAAGGUAUUGUCUUUUGAAAUGAUUUGGGGUAGAUAUCAAUGUAACAGAUAGUUGAUUCACAGUAGAUUUCUUAAUAUGUAAACAUAUCAGAUAUCACUGCUUACAUGAUUGUGAAAGGAAGGACACUGCAUGUUCAUACAGAGUUUAUCUUUUAGAAGUGUUACAUUGACCAGUAAAGUAUGGGCUUCGCAUGUAUUGGUUUUCAGGAAACGAUACAACAUUGUAUACACUUGUGUCAUGACUAUUUGCCCAUGAAAUGUGUCAUAUAGCCAGUGUGGUGGAAUACAAGUGGUAUGUUCACCAGAAUGUUUAAAUCUAAGAUGAAAUUUAAAUUAUAUAACACAUACUGUGUUUACAGGAACACAUUGAUAGUUAGAAGGAAAAUAAGAUAUGUCAGGCAAUGGGAACAGUUUUCAUGGAGGUAUAUUAAGAUUAAUUUGGUCAUGUUUAUGAGAGUAUUUUAAGGAUGUAUAUACAUUACCCUGGGUACAUAUAAUUAAGACUAUAAAAGAACUUGUUACAGAAAUAGAAAACAAAUGUACAUUUAAUCUUAGCACUGUUGAUUAAAAUAACAUCAAAUAAGUAUAAUGUGUUGUAUUUAAUGAUUUAGAGAGUUUUAUUGUGUUAGGAGACUCGGAGGUUAUUGAUAAACUGUCUUGAUCUAUUUUUAUGUUCAUACCUAGAAUUAUGAAGCUGUGUUAAUAACACCAAUUAUAAUAGGUCAGGUUUUAGGUGAGAUUUCAUUGCUAACCUUUAUGUUGAUAUUGCCAUGACAUCAUAUCUGUUUUUAUAUAGACACGCUGUCAUGGCGAUAUACCAUGUUGUUCAUAGCACAAAUGUCUGGUGUUUACAAUGACUUAUGUCAUACGUUACCAUGACAUUAUAUUCAGGAAUAUUGGGCUGGGUUUGCCAUGUACAUGUAGUUCAGUCACUUAUAGCUGUAACUGUACAAAUUUGCCAAAAUGUUACAACAGAGGUAUUCUAUUGAAAAAAAUAUUGAACUAUCAAAAUGACUUAAAAGCUUUUUGAACUUGACUAUACCAGCUUUUAUUUAUUUCUAAAUAAAGAAAAUACUGUUCAGUUACUUCAAGAAUUUGUGAUGCUAAUUUAAUUUUCUUGCAUGGUGUUUUUUCAUUCAUUUGGUAAAAUUGAUUUUGUCAAGUGAUAGACCGAAUAAUGAAGUGCAAACUAUAUUUUGAUGAAGUUAUACACUUGCAAAAAUACAUUGAUUUUGAUAAUUUUUACUCAAUUGUCUGAUACUGUCUGGCAUAGGUAUUGCCCGACAUUAAGAUAUGCCACUUUCUAUUGAAUCAUUGGAAUUGAACUGACAAUGAGCUUCUUUCUGACAAAUGGCAUUAGGGAAAUCUUUGUGUCAUUCAAGAAAUAUCUAGCUGUUGUAAAUUACACAUAUUGUUAGGUUUGCGGGCUAUUUAUGGAUAGUCUCGUUUGUUAUCUUGUUCAAUGCUUAAAUAUUUAGCUUCUUAAAAUAUGACACUUUUUUCUUAUAUCAAUACAUGUACCUGAAAAAAUGAAACAUCCCUUACAAAAAAAAAUAUUUACCAUUUAUUGGACUAAUUAGCUGAGAUUUGAUGUUAUUUCAUGUCUAAACUGAAUAAUAGUCCUAGUUUUGUAAUAUGAACAUUGAAUUGGGUAAUUUGAAAAAAAAAAGGCAACCAUAAUGCUUACAUGCAUUUGAUCUGUAAUUUUAGAUGUGCCAACUUAUUCAAAGUACACAUUUUGGUAAGAUGAGUUUACAAAUAUGCUCAAGCUCUGAUGGUGAAAACUUAACCUUAUGCAAUUUUGCCUCAACACUGAAACAAUUAUCUAUAAACAAGGCAAGUCUUUUUUUUUCUUUUUUUCUUUUUUUCUUUUUUUUUACACAGAUCGUGUCCGAUUUGCAGAUGAUUUUUCCAGUAAAGCUAUCAUAAAAUGGAUGUUUUCAGAAAUAAAUUUGAAUUGAAGAUAUACAAAUCUACCUACAUACCAUUUCAUCACAUAUCCUCCGUAUUUAACUAUUGCAUGAAUGAAAAAUUGGAGUUUCAGUUUCAUUGCACAUUUGAUGCAGCAUAAAUGACCUAGCCAAAACAUUUUAGCUUACCAUUUCCACUUGUUUUGAACUAUAAGCAAGCAUGUUGAUAUGUCUUCUGUAACUGUAUGAUAUUGUUGGACUACGUCAAUACUCCAGGUUUUUCGUAUAUUUUGAAGUUAAAUUUCUCCUGUAUGAAACUAAAACACAGGAAUCAACUUGAUGAAACCAAACAAAACAGACAAAUCAUAUUGCAAUGUAUUUCUACAAAGUCAGUUUGAUAUUGAUGUUGAUUAAUUCAAUAUUUUGACUUACAAAUGCAAAAACAGCCAAAAUGUUCAACAUUUUAAUGCUUAUUAGCAGGAUUCAUGGCAUAUUACUUUUUCAGUGAGAUGGUUCCUAUUGAUUUUUUUGCUUUUUGUGAAGUACACUGAUUGGUCUUGCAAUACAGUUAAUUUCUCUUAUUGUUCUAUUACACAAGAGGUUCAUAUUACACUUCAAAGUUGGUCCAUUAUGCAAAUAUUCUUAAUUUCUUGAUCCUGUUUCUAGAGAAAAACCAUCAUAAAAUGAUUGAACUAAUGGGACUAUAUUCAGGUGUUUAUUGGCUAUUGGAUAUUAUCAGUGUUUUGCCAUUUCCACAUAAUGUUACACAUACUAUCUUAAAUAGUACAUGUUUAAUAUGGCAUUGCCAUGUCAACACAAUUUUAUCUAGUUGUCUUACAUUGUAUCAUAAUGUCAUGUCAGCAUUAUGCUAUCUUGAGGUGUAGCAUUGGACUUAUGUUGGAAUGAUGAUUAACACAAAAUCAUUCAGGUAUUUUAAGAGGAUGUUAGUUGUCAAGACAUCAUAACGCUAUCUGGGCAUUUGAUGUGUCGUCAUGACAACACAGCAUUAUCUGUUAUUUUUUAUGUGGAAUGAUGUUGCUAUAACAACAUUAUCUGGGUUUUUUAUAUGGACCUAUGUUGCCAUGACAACACAGCAUUAUCUAGAUGUUUUUUAUUUAGACUUUAUUUGAAUGAGUAGAUGGCAGUAAGAUUUAAGGGGUUAUUUCUCCAUGAUUAAGACAUUAUUUGUUAGAACAUGUCUACACAUAUUUCCUAGUCUUUCAUUUUAUUUCAUUAUCUUUCAUGAUCACAUUACCUUUGCAUAUAUUUAACAGAAAAUUUGCAUAAGUCAUUUUUAUAACUUGUCAGUUAAUCUAGAAAAAAAGGUAAAUCAUUAUUUUUUGCUCACCCGAAAUUUAAAGUCUGAAAUAGUUUUGCAGCUUUAAAGUAAUAAUACUUGUUUAUAUUUCUUAAUGAAUUCUAGACUUUUAUUAUACAGCUUGCCAACACCAGUGUUUAUAUCAAAUGUGUUAUUUUCCAAACUGUGAAGAACAAAAUCUUCCAAUAUAAAUUGAUGUUUUGUUUCUUGUACUACCCAUAUUCCUGUUUUGAUAACGUGGUUAGCUUUAAUUUGACUCUUACAUGGCGAAUGCUGAUGCUUCCAGAACACGCAAUCUUAUCCGUGUUAAAAAGAUGUUUUAAUUGAUUUUGAGUUUUCGGUACUCUAUUGUUAUAGUUGAUUAUUUAAGAUACUUAUUACAUUACACACGGUGAUUUCCUCCUCCCUUUUGUUGUGUUAGAUAAUGUUUUUAUGUUUGGAGUUUGCCCUAGUUAUUGUCUGCACAGCAAACUACAAAGAAACAGGGACGUAUACGUUCUUGAACGGAGCACGCCUGGCACCCUUAUACUCAUACAUGUGCGUAAUUAUGAGAAAACCUGUAAGAAAAAGUUAAUUUUACCCACGUGUUACGUUGUUCUAUUGAGACUAUAGAGAACAUUCAAAUUGUCAAGUUUUCAAUAUUAUAUAGAAUGUAUAGUAGAUAGACACGUAUUAUGUUGUAUCAUUUCUGUGAGUUAGUGAGAGACGCCUAAUACUGCCAGAGCUAGCCUGUUCCUUAAAUGUGCUAAUUAGCAACAUUUACUUUUAAUAUUCACAGCUUAGGUGUCGUGCGAAUUCUUAGGCAGAUCGUGUGAGCAAUACUGGAACACGUUUUUGGAAUUGAUAUGUCAUCAAAAGGUCAUGCGGUUGUUUGUUAACCAUAUGUAAUUUUAAUAUUGGGUUUAGGUAAACAUAUAUAGAAUAUUUGAUUAACAAUUACUUGCUCAUAAAACUAUAUUGAGGGAAAAUGUGAAUAUACUUGGUACGCAUAUUAUAUUAUAUCGCGGACUAAAUACAAGUCUGUGGUUGUAUGAUUGAGCUGGUCUCCAUUACAAUGACUUGUAAUAUAGCUGGUGUACAUUAAAUCAUGCAAAGGAAUGGUCUAUGUAUUGUGGUUUUUAGCAUACGUCACCCCUGGUGGGCGUAAUAGAUUGCCUGUCAUCCAUAUUCCGUCAUUUGAUAAUGAUUGUUUUUGAUACAGAUGCGUACAUUGUAUGUCAGAUUAAUAUAUGGAAAUGUAGGUCUAGGUCCUCCUUAUUCUAGCUGUUGCCGUUUAUGUUCAAUUUCUUGGCCUAGUAAUUAAUUAAAAUGAUCAGAUUACGAUAA